GUAAAUUUUGUUAGUUUGUUGUGAUUCAAACAAGUUGACGUUUGAAGUGUUUAGUUUUACCUACCUUGUUAUUGAGAUACGUGAUACCUUUCUGUUAAAUUAAAAAAGAAGGUUCCAUUUCCUAGAGAACAAAAAAGUAACCAUGCUAGGACUACAAGAAUACGGUAGCAGUAGUGAUAGUGAGGCAGCGUCGGAUUCCGAGGGCUCAGCUCUUCAUUUAAAACCUUUAGAAACAUCUAUUUCUACCAAAAUUGUGUCUUUGUGUGCUGCCCCUGAUGUUGUACCCUUGGGUGCAGUAGACCCUCGUCCACUAGUUGAUCCUACGUCCAAAGAAAUAAUGUUCAACCUAAAAUAUGACGAUUUAUAUGCCCCAGAGCUGGGGCCUUUUAAUCCUAAUCAAACCCAACAACAGAAAGCUCAGAGAAAUAUGCUUUCUGGCUUUGUGGAACCAGCACACAUGGAUGCCUUUCAGUUUGAAAAUCAAAGGCGGACAUUUACUAGUUAUGGAUUUGCCCUAGAUCCUAGCGUGGACGCCAACACAGUGGAGGGUGCUAAGGUUGUUGGCUCAGAACUGGCUUUACAAGAAACAGGCGGAAAGACUGUAUUUGAAUCAACUAGUAAAAGACCCCUAGACAAACGGAAACGCAAUAAAAAUGACCAACCAGAGGAUGUUGAGGGCUUCUUAGGUCCUUGGGGUACUUAUGUUGAUGAAAAGAGAGUGAUGAAACCAAAUGAAGAAGAAGCAGCUGAAUUAGAAGAAAUUCUUGCUAAAAGACAGAAGAAAGGAAAGCAGGUUGAUGAGAGACCUAUUGAAGAAAAGACAGUUCUUCACAUUAAGGAACCUUUCGACUACCAAGGCCGCUCAUUCAUGCACCCUCCUCAGGAUGUGGGCGUAAAUUUGAAAUCAGACACACCACCAGAUCGUUGCUUCUUGCCUAAAAAUCUUAUUCACACGUGGGAGGGUCAUACAAAAGGAAUAUCUCAAAUUCGCUGGCUACCGAAGACUGCCCACUUACUUUUAUCAUGUAGUAUGGAUUGUCGUGUGAAGAUCUGGGAAGUCUACAAUGAAAGAAGAUGUGUAAGGACCUACUAUGGGCAUCGUCAGGCUGUGCGAGAUAUUGCAUUCAAUAAUGGUGGGAACAACUUUUUGUCUGCUGCUUAUGAUAGAUAUGUCAAGUUGUGGGACACAGAAACAGGAGAUUGCAUAUCCCGUUUCACUAGUCGGAAAACACCUUAUUGUUGCAAGUUUCAUCCUGAUGAAGAUAAACAGCAUCUGUUUGUUGCUGGAACAUCUGACAAAAAAAUUAUCUGUUGGGACACGCGAUCUGGAGAAAUUGUUCAGGAAUAUGAUCGACAUUUAGGAUCAGUCAACACUAUAACAUUUGUGGACGAAAACCGUCGGUUUGUGACAACAUCAGAUGACAAAAGCUUGCGUGUUUGGGAAUGGGACAUUCCAGUCGACAUGAAGUACAUCGCUGAUCCAACUAUGCACUCAAUGCCAGCUGUAACUCUCUCUCCAAACUACAAGUGGCUUGCUUGCCAGUCAAUGGACAAUAAAAUUGUUGUCUUCUCUGCUCUCAACCGCUUCAAAAUGAAUCGAAAGAAGACAUUUUCUGGUCACAUGGUGGCUGGUUAUGCUUGUUCACUUGACUUCUCUCCAGAUAUGAGUUAUGUUGUUUCUGGUGAUGCCGAUGGAAAAGUUUACGUGUGGGACUGGAAGACUACAAAAUUGUUUAAAAAAUGGAAAGCACAUGACGGGGUCUGUAUAUCAACACUGUGGCAUCCUCAUGAGCCCAGUAAGGUUGUCUCUGCAGGUUGGGAUGGUAAACUCAAAUUCUGGGACUAAUUUAUAAAAAUUUAAAUAUCAAGCCAUUUUAUUUUUAGUACCUAGCUGUAUGCAUAUGUGGUACCUGACACAUGUAAAUAAAUAAUUGUAGCAUUCAGAUGAA